UGCUCUACGGUAUAUUUGCGCGCAGCGUCCUCAGCUUCUCUGAUGCAUCUCAACUAAACUCAUAUACGGACUUUCAACAAAUAAAAUUAUCAUAUCCCUUCUCGGGGAAGGCAGAUACUGAUACUGGAAAUGGGAGACGACGGAGACUCUCCUCCCGAAAGGGAAAUGAAGGAUUUUCAGUUUCGACAGAUGAAGAAAGUACGAGUUUUUGAGGCUACUGAAGAUUUCCCCAAAGAAAGAUCCAGUCUUCUUACUGUCUCAAACAAAUAUGGUUUGACAUUUGUUGGCCUUGGCCAAACAUUUAAAGUAUACUUGACUCAAAAUAUUCUCGCUGCUGAUCAAGCUGAUCGGAACUCCCACGAAGUUGAAACUGGGAUACAGCCACUGGCUGAAGUGACUGGAAACCUGAUUUUGCAUCACUUGGCUCUGAGUUGUGAUGAACUCACUUUGUCGGUUUGUGGCACAUCUGAAAAGGCCGGUCUGUCCAUCGCAUUUUACGAUGUCCGAACCUUUUUAAAUAAGGCCAGACCUCAGAAGUCACCGUUUGCAUCAUUGCAGCCAGCUGCAGCUUCUGAUGCUUUGGUUCAGGACUUAAAGUGGAACCCUGCUCAGCCUUCCAUGUUGGCAUCCUGCCUGUCUGAUGGCAGCAUGAUGAUUCUUGAGGUUACAGAUUGUGUCAAGAUACAAGCCCAGCUACCGGCUGGCAGUGGCAUCACAUGCCUGGGUUGGAGUCCAAAGGGAAAACAGAUAGCUGUUGGAAAAAUGAAUGCCACUGUGUCUCAGUACACACCAGCUCUAGAAGAAAAGAGAGUUAUCCCAUGUCCACCAUUUUACACUUCUGAUGACCCCGUCAAAGCUCUGGAUGUGCUUUGGCUAAGAACACCUGUGUUUGCUGUGGCUUAUGCUGCUGCUGAUGGGUCUCUUGAGACCCCUCCUGAGCUGGUGCUGAUCUCCCUCCCUAAACGGGAUGAGAGACCAGAGCCAAAGUAUGUGAACUUCGGUGAGAGUGUUUAUGGCAGCUGUACAGAGCGACAGCAUCACUACUUCCUGAGUCAUAUAGAGGACUGGGACCUGUUGUUGGCUGCAUCAGCGGCAUCUAUCGAGGUCAGCGUGAUUGCAAGACAAGAUGACAAGAUGUGGGAGGUUUGGCUUCUCGAAGAUGCUAGUAGAGCAGAACUUCCAGUGACUGAGACGAAUGACGACACUCUGCCUCUUGGCUUGGCUAUAGACUAUACAAGCCAGCAAGCGAUCCAAAUCACUGACGAGAGGACUCUGCCUCCAGCACCUACGAUGCUAAUGCUGUCCACAGAGGGAUUACUUUGCCCAUUUGCUCUUCUAAACCUGAAUCCGGGGGUUAAGCAGCUAGUAUCACCAUCUACUGCUCUUACCCUGGAAGGAGAAAGGCAGCCAAAGCCAGGUUCCUUGGCGACCCAACCCGAUACCUCAGCCUCAUCGACGCCUGUCGCCUUCCCAAACAUCCCUCUUGCAUCCGUUUCUUCCACUUCAUCUACUCCUGCUGUUUCCUCCUCCACAGUCCCUUUCAGUUUUGUUCCUACAGCUCCUGUUUCUUCCGCUUCAUCUGGAUUUACUUUCUCAGUUCCAACCACCUAUUCCACCACCUCAGCCCCACCAACGCUCUCCCUUGGGGGUUCUGGACCUUUUGGCUCCGCAUCCUCAAGUUUUUCUUUCGCUUCCAAACCCCCUUCUGAAACACCGUCCGCUUCUUCAGCCUUUUCAUUCAAUUCCCCUUCCCUGAAACCAGCAGCUGCACCAGCACAAGCCCCAGCUGCAACACCUCCGACCCUCACUGCUGCCUCUCUCCCUCCUGUCAAGUUAAAUCUAAAUGACAGAUUUUCCUCUGUUGAGAGCCCAGCACCAGCUUUCUCCUUUAAUUCCACCCUGCCCAAAGUUACUGCUUCCAGCUCUAGUACAGCAAGCAGCGUUUCCCUCCCAGCCACCAAGCCUCCCGUUGUAUUAAGUAAGGAAAACCACUCACCAUUGCGCCCAGUUCAGCCAGGUGCUCCUCCAACCUCUGUUCAGAAACCUGCUCCUGCCACUGGGCGCGCCCAACCUCCACAGGGAUCCGUCGGCAUGAAGAACCUGGAAAAACAGCAGAAGAAAGAAACAGAUCCAAUUAUGACUGGUAUUUUGGAGGAGAUUGCACACUUCCAGAAAGAGUUAGAUGACCUUAAGGCUCGCAGUGUUAAAGCCGACUUCAAGGUUGGUAGUAAUGACAAGAUGAAGGAGCUGAGAAAAGAAUCAGAAGACCUCCACAUCUUCACCCUGGAAAUCAAAGAAACCACAGAGUCUCUCCAUGGGGACAUUGGCACUUUGAAGACCAAUUUACUGGAGGGUUUUGCCGGGGCAGAAGAAGCCAAAACUCAGAGUGAGCUGAGCAAGGACAGGAAUUACAGACAACUGCUCUACAAAAAACCUCUGGAUCCACGGAGUGAAGAACAGCUCAAGGAGAUUCGCAUACUUUACCAGUAUGUCAUGUUUGCUGUGGAAGAUGUUAAUGAUGUCUUAGAUGUGGAAUGGGAAAAACACCUGGAGAGAAAGAAGAAACAGAAACACAUGGUUGUGCCUGGCCGUGAGGGUUUGUUUACUACUCUGUCCAACAACCUGUACAUCAUCAACCAGCAAAAAAAACGGUUGGAACAGCUUAUUCAGGAACUCACAUCGCUGCGCCUUUACAGUAAAAGUACAUCUUCUGCCAUCAACCAGAGCAUUGCAAGUGGCUCUACAGAUAGUUUUGGAAGAGAGCUUGAGAAUUUAAAGGAUGCCCUCCUAAAAGCCCGGCUGGAUGUUUCUCCCCCUAAGACGAAAGCCAAACCUUCAGCAGUCAAGAUAUCACCAGUUAAACAAUCCCAACUUCGCAAUUUCCUCUCAAAAGGGCAGAUGCCGCCUGUGCGCUCAACUGCACCAGCCAACCUGUCUCGUUCAGCAUUCCUUUCGCCCAAAUACUACGAGGACCUGGAUGAUGCAAGCUCAACGUCAUCCCUGUCCCAGUCCUUGGAGCCUCACCCAUCUCAUUUGGACCAGGAAGAGGAAGAAUUAAAACCACUACAACCCCCUGCUAUGACGUUAUCCACUCCUCGCCACCCUACAGUUGUCAGGACCCCUUCUAUCCAACCAGGCUUUGGAGGCAUUCAGUCCACCCCUCUACCAAAAAUCCACUCUGCACCAACUUUGGGAUUUGGACUCAGUCCUAUUCCAAGUCCAGUUCCUACCAAUAUGAUCAACCUCAGUGGCGCUGAAAGCACUGCUCUUGCCACAAAGACGGUAAAACAUGGCGCUCCUCCCACUGGGAGAACUGUUCCUGUCACCAUGUCUGCCCAGCAGGCUGCAGCCAGUGCAGCUAUGCGCAGGCAAAUGGCAACCCAGAAGACGGCUCCUGUUGGUAGUACCUUGACAGAGUCCACCUUAAAGACUGUUCCUCAAGUGGUCAAUGUUCAAGAGCUCAAGGAAAAGGGGCCUCCUGUUUCUUCCAUCGUCAGCUCUUCUGUACCCGAUUUCACAAAUCAAGUCUUUUCCAACCAAGUCAAACGAACUACCACCCCGGGGAUCCCUAAGGUCUCUGCUGAAACUGCAUCCAGUCUACAGCCAGGCUUUGUUUUUGGUCAACCAUCCAAAACAGACAUCUCUGUUCCAACUAGUUCUGUGGAACAAAGCAACAACAAGCCAUUCUCCUUCACACCAGGGUCAACAGGCUUUAACUUUACACCUGCCCCACAAGCUGGACUCACACAAGUUAAGGAUUCAAAUAAAUUCUCUUUUGGCGGAAAUGGCAAGAUGACGUUGGGUCAGACUGGAGAAGAGCCGUUCUCUCUUACCCCAAAGUCUGCAGCUUCUGGUACUGGCACUGGGUCUCCCACACUGAAUUUAAGCACAUCAGGGGAAGUGGCCAAACACGGCCCUCUGUCCACGGCCUUCAAGACAGAGUCACAGCCACCAAAGACCUCAGGAGGAGAAACCCUCGGCAGUUUUUCUGGGCUGCGUGUUGGUCAAGGAGAAGAGGUCAAAGAUUCUGGAACAAAGCCAGCUGCUGCAUUCACCUUUGGAGAAACUGGACUCGGCAAUGGCAAGGGAGUACAAGCCUUCAGCUUUGGGUCAGGUCUCCCAAAGUCUGCUGAAGGUUCUGCAACUACAGAUUUGUCUAAGGGUGCCUCAUCAAACAGUUUGUUCAAACCUCCUGAAACAAACUCCAAGCCAGCUUUCUCUCUCCCCCCAUCCAGCUCUGCACCUUCACUCUUACCUUCAUCUUUCAGUAGCCUUCUCACCGUGCCUUCAGAGGAAUCAAAAGCUCCCCCACAGCUUUCAGAACCUACCCCACCCCCUGAAAAAGAUCCGGUCACCACUGAACCAUCUGAGCAAAGUACCAGUCGCCCUGUUGCUCCUGAGCCUGCAGUGGAUUCUACAUCCAAUCCAUCCACACCUGCACUUCCUUCUGUGAUAACUGCCCCUACCCAGGACCUUUCUUCUACCAGUGUUGCACCAGCUGAAGCAACCCCUCCUCCACCUUCCAGUGUGCCUUCCACAACAGAAGCCACUCCAGUUCCCUCAUCCACUCCUCCUGAUUCCAGUUUGGUUGUUCCCAGCGCCCCAUCAGUCUCCCAGGAAGCCCCCCCAGCUUUCCAGGUGCCUGCCUCUGAAAAACCAGGGUCCAUUUUCACUCAGCCUGCUCCUGUAACGACAAACAGCAGCUCCAUUGGAGCCACUCUAAUCAUCAACACUGCUGUCCCUGCAGCCACCACUACCACUCCUGCAACAGUGUCCACAGCACAAACUACUGUUGCCAACACUAUCUUUGGGCAACCGGCUGCACCUCCUGCCUCCUCGGCCCCUGCAGCAACAGGAUUUGGCUCAUCUGCAUUUGGUGCUUCAGCUGGAGCAACUUUUAACAAAUCCGUCUUUGGCCAGGCGAGUGGCUUCGGCCAACCUGCAAGCAGCGCUGGAUCAUCUAGCGGCUUUUCUUUUACCCAGUCUGCAUUUGGAGCAAGUUCUAGCAGUGCAACGACCGGAGGACCAGGUCUUUUCGGGGCGGUUACCCCUAGCAGUGCAAGUUCGUUCUCCUUUGGCAGUGCAAGUGCCAAUACGGCCAGCAGUACUGGAUCUGGGCUCUUCAAACAAAGCACGCCUCCUGUAUUUGGUCAGAGUUCUGGAUUUGGACAGCCAUCCGUUUUUGGGAGUAACACCACCACAUCCUCUUCUUCGGGAUUCGGUUUUGGUCAGCCCUCAGGAUUUGGUUGCUCUGCUGCCACCCCUGUAUUUGGCCAACAAUCUUCAAAUGGGAGUGUAUUUGGACAGCAAACAUCUGGGGGAGGUUUGUUUGGUUCCAGUGCAGCCAAUACAGCAGGUUCAUCCAGUGGAGGAUUUUUUAGCGGCCUCGGGGGUAAACCAAGUGAGGAUGCUGCUAACAAGAAUCCGUUUGGUACCACAGCUUCAACUGGAGCAUUUGGACAGGUUGCUCAGCCUGGAUCUAAUAGUCUCUUUGGGAACAGUGGUGCAAAGACAUUUGGGUUCAACACGUCAACCUUCGGGGAACAGAAAGCCAGUGGGACUUUCACCACUGGAGCAGGGAGUGUUGCAUCCCAGGGCUUUGGUUCCUUUUCCUCACCAACUAAACCAGGGGGGUUCGGCAGUGGUCCAGUGUUUGGAAGUCCCCCUUCUUUUGGUGGUUCCCCAGCAUUUGGUGGCACAGCAUCAUUUGGCGCAAACCCAGCUUUCAGCAGUCCGAUGACUUCCUCAACUGGUAAAGUGUUUGGAGAGGGAACAGCAGCUGCCAACAUGGGAGGAUUUGGGUUCUCUUCGCCCCCCAGUGCCCCUUCCUUUGGCGCCCUGGCCAGUCAAAGUGCUCCUACAUUUGGCAACUUGGCCCAGCAAGGCAAUGCGUUUGGAAGUCAGCCCAGCAGCUUCUCAGGCUUUGGACAGCAGCCACAGACUGGAGGAUUCUCAGGAAAUGCAUUUGGGUCUGGAAGCCAAAUCUAAGAACAACAGCAAAGGGAAAAGGCCUCUGUCGAGUUCCCAGACAUUUUCCAGCUGGAGAAGCUAAUGUUGGUUUAAACUUCUACAGAAAAUGGAAUGUUUCAGUAACAAUAUGCUGUAUGCAACAUAUUUGGGGAAAUGGGA